AUGGAGGUGGCGCGCGCGGGGCGCACGGCGGGGCUGGCGCGCGACGUGCUGGAGCGGACGCGGCGGCGCGCGCGGGGCGCGGUCCCGGACGAAGAUGGGGAACGCCUCAAUGCAGCGUUCGCUUCCAUUGCGAGGCUGAUGAGAGGAGUCUCAAAGGAAUGCGAGAACUACUAUGGUGCUAUGGCAGUCAACAAGUGCAAAGAGAAUGAAAUCAAGCACUUCUGCAAAUACCAUGGCAAGCCAGUAGAAAGAAAGAUGGAUUCCACAGAAGAAGAGAGGACUGAAGAUUCCAUAGAACCCAGCCAAGCUCAAACUUGCCAGCGAAGUCCCAGAAGACCUCUCAAAGACUUCUACAUUGAAGUUUCUCCUGGCAUCUAUUCUGUCACAGCAACCUCAGAAGACGUAGCACAAACCCACGUAGUAGAUGUCAAUGCAGGACAAAGUAUUGAUUUAACUUUUGUUUUAUGAUAUUUUUUUUGUUUCCUGGCAAUAGCAGGAAUAAAACAUGAGGCUCUUUUUAAUGCAUGUAAUGAACUAUAAAUAUCUUUUUCUUGUUAGCACUUUAAUAGUAGCUUCCUCUUUGGGACUCCAUUUUUAUGGCCUGUAUAUUUGUUUUCUACUUAAUGCAAUUUUAUGCAGCCCACUUUGUACACUGAUUUUUAUAAAUAUUUGUACAUUGUGUGCCUUUUAAAUCCAAUUAUUUGACUGUGUAAUUCCAGAUUCUUCUACUCUAAACAAUUAAAGAUACAAUUAGUGAAAUAAAAUACAUGAUCAAGCCUU